AUGGCCAAUUUCUUGGCAGGCUUGCAGUCCAGAGCUCAUGCCAGCGACAAAGCGUGCAAGCGGGCCCAGGCGGGGCCGAAGGCAAAGGCCGUCGGGCUGUGCGCUGGCGCCGUGGGCCUGGAUGCGCUGAGGGGCCCUCUGGUUGCGGCAGCGGCCGCCCCUGCGGCGCCGAGCCAACCCCCUUACGCGGAUUCGGUGCCGUUCGGGCCGCCGCUGGACGCGCUGCUGGCUGCGGCCGGGCCGCUCGUGGGCGCGGAGCAGGCCAGGGACCUGCGCCAGCUCUCCUCGGAUGCCGCCCACGCCCGCAGCUGCCUCGAGCCCGUGGAGCUCCUGCGGGCGGCGCGGCUGCUGGCAGCGUCUGCGGCCGCCUCGCUGAGCGGCGAGGCCGCGGCAGCCGCGGCAGUCCCAGCAGGGGCAGCGCGAGGUGCCAUCGCUGACGACCACGGGCAGGUCCUGGCUCUACUGCACAGCUCGGUGGCUGUGGCCCGCGCGCUGCUGUCUCUGCAGGCGGCGCUGCUGCGGCACCGCGCAGAGUGCUUCCCCUGGGGCUUCCGCAGGCCCUUGCUCGACGGCCUGCUCGAGUGGGCAUCGCUCGCCCGUGCAGCUCAGGCAGCGCAGUGGUGCGCCGUCCACUACGGCGACGCGGCUGGUGGCUGCUGGGGAUCUCCUGGGGCCGCGCGCCCGAAAGGCGCGCCGAUCCGUCCAGCCGAUGGCGGCCCGCUCGAGCUUCUGCGCGCGAUCGCGGAGCUCAUCGCUGGAACGGGCCCCUACGGCGCGGGCCGCUGCGGCGACGCCGGGGCGUCUGAGGCAGCAGCUGACGGCCAGCUGCCCUCCGUCCAGCCCGACAACCUCGGGAGGACCGGCGUCUUCGACAACCACGAGUGGCUGCGCCGGACCUCGAAGAAGAAAAGGCUGAUGGCGCAGGUCCUGCGGGAGAUCCUGGCGGGGGCCGGGCCCGUGCAGGAGGACCCCGGCGACGGCGGCGUGCCCGUCCUGCUCGACCUGGGGGCGGGCGCCGGCGGCUACGCCGCCUUCCUCAACAGGACCGGGCUGGUGCGCCACCUCGACCUAUCCGAACCGCUGCCUCGGCGCGGCGCGCCGGAGCCCGCCGCCUGGGUGCUGUGCCUCGAGGUCCGACUGUAUGCCGUCUUUUGUUGCUCUAACCUCGGGUCUCUCGUGGGCCACGCGCUCGUGCUCAGCUGGGCGCCUCCGGAGAAGUGCGGCCUCGGCUGGGGGCACCUGAACUGCCGAGACCCGCCGGCGGUGGAGGGGCUGCUCUCGAGCAUCGCAGGGCUGGUCAAGGACGAGGAGGGCACCCUUCGCCUGCGCGCGGCGGCGGAGCUGCCCUGGCUGCGAGGCGGCGUGCUGAUGCUGCGCCGCGGGCGGGAGCCGGAGGGAAACCCAGAGGGGGAAGCCCGAAUGGAAGCCUGAUGGGAACCCUGAGGGAAAGCCCGAGGGAACGCCCGAUGAGUUGUUCAGCAUCUUCCUCUGCCGUCUCUGUGCCGCCGCCGCUGCCCGCUGCCGUUUCACCACACUGUGCUUCCAUAGCUGUAACUGAAUUCCUUUAAAGGACAGGACAAGCUGGCACCGCGGGCCAGAUGCACGCGCGUGAA